ACCCUCAAACGACCCACACUCAUACCACUCCUUUCUCUCCUGACCUCCCUCCUUUCCUUUUGUGUAUUCAUAAUCAUUUGUCAAAUACACCUCCUCAGAACAAACAUGGAUGGAAGCUGCAUAGAUGAAAGCACAACGAGUACUGACUCUAUAUCCAUUUCGCCGACGGCAACCCUUUCGCCUUUACCGGCUACCAAGUCCCCUGAGAGUCUAUGCCGGGUGGGGAGCGUCAUCACCAGCAUAAUCUUAGACUCUGAAAGCGGAAUCGAAGCCGAGUCCCGUGGGAAGCUCCCGUCCUCCAAGUACAAGGGAGUUGUUCCCCAGCCCAACGGCCGAUGGGGUGCCCAGAUUUACGAGAAGCACCAGCGGGUCUGGUUGGGCACUUUCAACGAGGAAGACGAAGCCGCCAGGGCCUAUGACAUCGCGGCGCAGCGCUUCCGUGGCCGCGACGCCGUGACGAACUUCAAACCCUUGGCGACGACCGAAGAGGACGACAUCGAGACGGCGUUCUUGAACGCUCAUUCCAAGGCUGAGAUCGUCGACAUGCUCAGGAAGCACACGUACAAUGAUGAGCUGGAGCAAAGCAAGCGUAACCGCGGCUUGGACAGCAAUGGCAAAAGGUCUAAAGCUGACGGCUUCGUCGCUGCCGCGUUCGGCUCCGGUGGGUUUCUGAAAGCGCGUGAGCAGCUUUUCGAGAAAGCUGUGACCCCGAGCGAUGUCGGCAAGCUGAACCGGCUUGUGAUACCGAAGCAACAUGCCGAAAAGCACUUUCCUUUGCAGAGCGCAAGCACUUCCAAAGGGGUGCUUUUGAAUUUCGAGGAUGUUGGAGGCAAAGUGUGGAGGUUUAGGUACUCUUAUUGGAAUAGUAGCCAGAGUUAUGUGCUGACAAAGGGUUGGAGCCGGUUCGUGAAGGAGAAGAACUUGAAGGCCGGUGACAUUGUUAGUUUUCAGCGAUCGACCGGGCCGGAUAAACAGCUUUACAUCGAUUGGAAGACGAGGACCGAGUCCGCUGUCGUCGGGUUAUCAAACCCGGUUUUCCCGGUUCAGCAGGUUCAGAUUGUUAGACUUUUUGGGGUCAACAUUCUGCAAAUCCCUGGCGGUGGGGUCGUGGAGAGUAUUGGUGGCUGCAACGGGAAGAGAAUGAGGGAGAUGGAGCUGUUGUCGUUAGAGUGCAGCAAGAAACCAAGAAUGGUUGGAGCUUUGUAAAUUGUAGCAUUUUUGUUUUUUCAUCGUUUUCUCUGUUUUUGUUGUUUUUUGGCCUUUUGUGAAUGGUGCGAGGAAGGAGGGGCAUGGGAGGUGGAGACGGGAAAGGAAGGUGGUGGUGUAGCUGCAGCCUGCAAGUUGCGAAAGGUUGAAGAAUUGUAUAUUACGAAACAAAAGCCUGAAGAAAGCUGAAAUUAGGUGCGACAAAUUUUACAAAUGAAAAAAAGAAAAAAAAAAAAAGAUAACUGUUUUAAGUUGUCUUGUUCAUGGUUUUAUUUCUUUAUUUUUUUUAAUAUUGGUAUAGUUUUGCACUGUCUAGUUGUGCCUUGUUGUUGCUUUCCCAAAGUAUCUCAAUGUUGACAAACAAGGCCUCGCGAGGGAAGAGAGAGUGCAAUAGGCGUGGAAGAAGAACCUUCGCCCAAUUGCCCUCAAAAAGAGGAUGGAUGGCUAACAGUAAAAAAGAAAAAGAAAGAAAGAAAUAAGUGGGUGGAAGUCGUUCACUGAUUUGUCUAAUGAGAAAGAGGCACUUUGGCUUUGGUGACAGGUUCCUUCAACUUUGGCCUACCUUAAACCAAGUGCAGUACUGUUUUUGCAUAAUAACCACUGUGCAUUAGGUAGAGGAGAUUGUUGGCAACAGGGAUGCCGCGGAUCUUGAAAUCAUUUUGAAUAGAUCUUGUCUCAAUAAGAUUGGCCAAACGAGGCUGCCAGCCAUGAGGCAAGACAUGAGAUAGGGAUAUUUUCAUCAUGUUAUGGAAAGGGGCCGUCAGAUAUUUUCAUUUUGCGUU